AUGGCUGUGAUCUUGAGCAUUGCUCAUAGCUUCAAGAGAACUACCCCCGAGUUGCACGCGUUCUCUGCCCGGCUGGGCGAGACGGUGGACGAGGCGGCCGUGCGGCGCGCGCUCACCGAGCGCUCAUUCGUGCUGCAGAGGCGGCUGGAGCGCGAGCGCUCGGCUGAGUCAACUGAGGACAACAGCGCGUUGGCAGUUCGCGGCCGGGAGCUGAUGACAUCAUAUGUUGCCGGCUGGCUGCGUGCUGCAUUGCCGCGCGUGCCUGAAGAGGGUGUACAGGCCGUGACGUCAUAUCUGACGUCACGCAGCCAGCUCCAUGACUUGGCGUCUGGCAUUGGGCUGAAGGACAUCGUCCUUUCCGAGGAGUACCCGCCGUCGGAGGAGGCCCUGGUGCGCUGCCUGUGCGCCUGGCUGGCGGCACUGGCUAACUCGGCCGGCGAGCAGCGCGCCCACCUCCCGGAGCUCACCGAGCUGUCGGAUGACAAGCUACUAGAGGAGCUGACCGAGCAAAGGGUGUACUACUACUCGCGCGCUAUACUCGGUACUCGCACACUCAUGGCGCUCUAG